AUGGCAAAGUUCUACGCUGUUUUUCUUCUCGCUCUUAUCACUGGCUGUAUGGCACAGUUUCCUGGUGAGAUUAUUACUAUUCUUUUUUUUUCAAGUGAAUUUCAGCCUUCACAGUUUUUUGAUUUCUUAUGAACAUCGACUAUAACCGGGUUUAAACUUCAUUCAAGACGAAACGUUUUGAGUAUGUAACUUCACUUUAUUGAAAUCAGUUUUUGAGUUUGUUUUUAUGUCCGUGUGUUGAGAACAUUUUUUUGUAAGCUUACAUAUAUACUCAUAUUUGGCAUCAUUAGGUCCUCAAUCAUGCAGGAAAGGUGUAGUAUUGAACGGCUAUAGUAUCUUUCUCGCUUAGCCCGCUCGCUCCAUUACUGCGCGCGGCCGAUGCGUUUCGGGUCGAUUGGUCCCAGCCAGUUUUUGGCCGUUCGUCUCGGAUAUAUCACCGAAAUGUAUUGACCGAGAAGGCAUGGCAAGACGCUGUACAUAGGCACGUAUCGUUCCACUUACCUAUGUAGUUGGAGCCAACAACUGAUAUUCGGCGACUCUUCGGCAGCGGUAAUUCGUAUGCAAAAGGAGCGUGGAAUUUGUUUUGUCACUAAAACCAAUGAUUAGAAUAUUUUGCCGUAUGCCGUUAAUAUCUAAUCGCAUCAUUUUUGUAAAUUUCAGUGCGUUUAUUAAUCAGUUUUUAUUCAUCUUGUCGUCUUCUUUGCCAGGCCAGGGUAACAAAUACUACGGCUCGAUCUGUGAGAAUAAGAAAGGAAUAUUGCGUUGCCCAGGAACUCAAACCAUUACAAUCAAGUUUGCGAACUAUGGCAGAACUCGAUUCUUUAAGUGUGGGAUGGGCUUUAACACCAAAUGUAUCUCUGAAACGUCUCUUAAAAUAGUAAGUAUUUAUUUAAAUGUAUAUUUGAGCUUCUCUUGACAGCCCGUCACAGGAUUAGAGAACUUAAGUUACAACAUUUCCCGACUUAAGCGUAAGGGGAAAUGACAUGAUUGUACCCUGUUACCGCCGUAAAUACACGAGUAGAUUGCCUCUUACCCUGGAGAGGAGAAUCAAGACUAAAUCUCGGUUGUUGGAGCACUGAUCUAGGGACAGAGUCAUUACUGGAUUCCUAGAUCACUGACAGAGCGAGGCAUUGCUCAAUUUUAAUUCCUUUGUUCUAUCCUGCCCACAAUCCCUUUAUCUAUGGAAACUGAAUAUUAUCUGCCAUUUUUGAGAUUCAAAGUAAGGUGAAUUAUUGUUCUUAUAGGUGAGUGAUCUCUGUAACGGAAAAAACAGCUGUGUUCUACACGCCUCAGAUGAUGUAUUUGGUGACCCGUGCUCCUGGACUAAGAAGUACCUCGCUCUUUACUGGGAAUGCGACUGA